AUGACUGAUAUUGAUCGUAUUGAAAAUCGUGAUAUGAAACAAAUUGAUAUUCAAGUCGAAGGAGAUUUACAAAAUUUAUUAUAUAGAUUUUUAUCUGAAUGGCUUGAAGUUUAUGGUACAGAAGAUUAUUUUAUAGCAAGAAAAAUUGAAAUUAACUUAUUUGAUCGCAAUCAAUUACGUAUUAUUGCUCGUGGUUACGGUGAAAUAUUUGAUUUAUCACGACAUACACAAGGAACUGAAAUUAAGGCAAUAACUUAUUCAAAUAUGCAAAUACAUGAAGAAGCAUCAACACAUGAUGUCUAUGUCAUUGUUGAUAUUUAA